AUGUCACGUGAUUACUCUUGGAUUACAGGGGCGCCGCACGAAUUAGGUAUAGGUUUGCGAGAGACAUCUCUUACUAAAGAGCAAGAAGUCUCCAACGAAGACAACGCGGAGGAAACCGGAGUGAUCCAGAAAUCCACUCGUGAGAGCUUGAUCUACUUUGACCAUGUGCUUCCGUUCCGCCAGAGCAAGGUGGACUUCAAGCAGGACAUUUAUGCGACGAUUUUCUCGAAAAACAACAAAACCCUCCAGGAUAACGUGCUCGACCUCUCAGCGUCGGAAAAUGGCCCACUUGAUAAGAGCAAGUUGCAGAUCACAUCGUUUGUACCUAUCAAACGCGACGGAGGGGUAUUUGUGAAGUUUGCAGUGCCGCCGUUCAUGGAGAUAGACGAAUUCAACAAGGCUAUCCAGAAAAACACAAAGGACAAAGCAACAAACAGCAUCCUUGGGUACCUUACGCAUCCCCGCUGCUACCCGGUUAAGGGGGUGCCGUGGAUCGAGGACUUGCGCCGGUUUCCGAGCAACCGGCUCAAGAUGUCGUUCGAAGGUCCAGACUUGACGGAAGAGGAGAUCUAUUUGCUUAUGAGACGGUAUGGGGUGAUCUCUGACAUCAUCCCGCCGUCGCCGUCCAUCAAAGAUUUGCCGCGGUUUGCGGAGGUGAAGUUCCGCUCAAUGCGGUCCGCUGUGGCCGCCAAGAACUGUACUACUGGAUUGAAACUAGGCGAAACGGUCAUCCACAUCAAGUACAUUCCGGUUGUCCGUGAUAAUAUCAUCAAGGACUUGAUCUUGGGACACACCAAGAUCGCAAUCCCAAUUAUUAUUGCGCUCCUUGCGACGCUUGCCGUGUUGAUUUUUGAUCCGAUUCGUGAGUUGUUUGUGGAAUCCAAAAUUACCAAAAAAUACCUGCUCACCACCUACAAGGAUAACCUGUUCGUGAAACCUCUUAUUUCGUUCAUCAACACGUUCUACGACAGCGUUUCAUCCGUGGCCCACUUGUUCUACACCCGGUGUGGGAAUCGCAACGAAGAGAGUGGGGUCUUGUGGACGGAACGGUAUGAAACCGUCAAGCAGGUCAAGCUCUGGAUGGAGGAGAACAUGAACACGUUCCUCAUCAUCCAGGGGCCUAGAGGCAGUGGUAAACACCUGUUGAUCAAGGAGCACGUGCUUGCAGCAAGGGAUAACGUCUUGUACCUCGACUGUGAGAUGAUGAUCAAGUCGCGGAACGAAACGCAGUUGAUCCGCAAUGUUUCGCACGAAUUGGGGUACUAUCCGAUCUUCCCGUGGCUCAACUCGAUCUCCACGUACAUCGAUUUGGGAGUCCAGGGACUUACGGGGCAGAAGUCUGGGUUGGCCGAGUCCAAAGAAACCCAGGUAAAGAACAUGUUUGCGCUCGUGACGUCCACGAUCCGGAACAUUGCGCUUCGGGACUACAACCUGAAUGCGGUCUUGGAACCGGAAGUGGAUGAAAACGGGGUGGUUGUCGCGCAGACGCUGAUCAAGGAGGAUGACUACCUCACGGACAACCCUGAGCUCAAGCCGGUGGUUGUUAUCGAUCGUUUUGCCACAAAGUCCGAGACAAACAGCUUUGUGUACCGCGAGCUUGCGGAGUUUGCGGCCACUCUCAUCAACAUGAAUGUGGCACACGUGAUCUUCAUCACCGACGAGGUUGGUAGUACGCAGGUGCUCACGGAAGCGUUGCCAAACCUGAUCUUCAAGACGUUUUUGCUCUCAGACGCACUGGAGGAGUCUGCACAGUCGUAUGUGCUUACCCAGUUGAAGAACAGUGGCAAGGACUUUUCCGAGUUGUCGCAGAUCGAUUUGUGCCGGGCUGUAAAGCCGUUAGGGGGUAGAAUGUUGGACCUUCAGGCGUUGGUAAGACGCAUUGUGUCGGGUGAGGAGCCCCAGGUGGCGCUCAGCCAGAUGGUUCACCAGACGGCGGAGCAGGUGACACAGAUGAUCAAAUCGCUGAGCGCGAAGUACACGCAGGCGCAGGCGUGGGAGAUGGUCAAGAUGUUGGCCGCCAAGCCCAGUGUGGGAUACAAUGAGAUAUACAAGUCUGCGUUCUUCAAGGACACUGCCACGCUUGUCGAGUUGGAGCGCGACGAGUUGGUCAUGUUGAUCAAGGACCAGGGCAUUGUGCAGGAAGUGAGGCCAGGAAAGCCGUUGUUCACGGAGGCAUUCUGCAGUUUGGUUAAUAAUGAGCGGGUUUAUUCGUUCUUUGAGAACGACUCACUUUCGCUGUUGAUUGCGAUGGAGACGGCCAAAGUGAAGCGGUUUGAGGAGGAGUUGGUGAGCCUACGUGCUGUCUCAGACAACAAGCUGUUCGCGGCACGGUUGGAGUACUUGGGGCAGAAGAUUUGUCUGUCGACGGACAAGAUCAUUGCGUUGGAGGCGGCACAGGCAGACUUGCUCAAUCGGUUGGAGAAGCCCACAAAGAAGCGAUCGUCGUGGCUUUAGUGAAUUUGAUAUUUGAAAUUUAAUGAUUAUUUAGUUUAAUGUUUUUCAUGAUUUUGUUCGUGAAUUGUCAUGGGUAUUGGCU